AUGGACCAUAAAUCCUCUACCAUAGCUGAAGCAGUUCCUGUUGUGAUUGAGGCCACAACACAUCGAGAGGAAGCCAGUAGAGAGCCGAAAGAUGAUGUAGAGAAACAUAGGAAUGAUGAGAAAAUAUCUGAUGUGAUGGAGAUAUUGCUAGGAUUGUCUGGUCGUCUUCAGAAGAUGGAAGAAAAGAUGGAGUGUCGUUUUCAAGAGAUGGAAGAAAAGAUGGAUUUGUUGUUCUCAUCGAAAGUCGAGGCUGAGAACAUGUCUAUAGAUGAUGAAUCCUCUUUUCGCCAGGAAUCUGAUGAAAGUGGUAACCGUUUUGUUCGUUUUUCAGAUGAUCGUGAUCGGAGGAGUUAUGAGCGUUCUCAUCGUUUCUUUGGUCCUGGUCAUGGUCAGCAGACCUAUGACCGUUCUGGAUGUUGUCAGGAGACCGAUCAUGACAGUUUUAGCCGUUUUUUCAAUGGUUAUGGUCAGUAUGGUGAUGACCGUUUUGAUCGCUUCUUCAACAGACGUGGUCGUGGUCGUGGUCUUCAUGUUGGUGGUCGUUUUGCCGGCGGGCGUUGUGGUGGCCAAGGCUUCUGUGGCGGUUGUUGA